AUGAUAGAAGGAAUCGAGCCUUCGGUUCAUCACCCUCAAGAUCCAAUAGGAGAGGAAAAUGAUAACUUCAACCGAGUUUUCGAAGAAUCUGAGGAAGAGCUGGCAAGAAUCGCCAGGCGACACCACUCUCGGUCGGUCAAAGACUCCGUCCUUGAGCUUGAUGAAGUCUCGCUCAAAGACCCUAAGAUUAACUCAGAUCCUACAUUUAACAAGCUUAAGUUAUUUUUGAGGGAAUUUACAAUUCAGGCACAAGAUGCGAUGAAGACUAAGACUACUCACACCAUUAAAGAUUUUAGAUACCAAAACAGGAUUCACGACUCCUUGCGUCUUUUGCUGAGAGACAUAGUCACCACAGAAGACAUCGAGAGAAAGAAAUUGUACCUUAUGAGAGUCUACAAGUGGUUUAUGAACAAAAUGAACGCAAUUGGAGCAAUCAGCCUUGCUCAGAAAAAGAAAGAAGAAGAAUUCAUGCAUCCCGAUGUCUUUGCAGAAGCUGAGAGGAAGAAACAAGAGAAAGAGGAAAAGAUGAAGGCCAAACUCAGAGAUGAGAGCUAUGUCGCCGAGAUUCAGAAGGGCCUCUUUCAAGCUGGUGAGCGGACUAUACAUAAAGAGGUCAUUCCUGCAAGAGAAAGGAUAGAAUUCUAUAAAAGAAGAUUACCUUAUGACCAAAACUCUUCCCUCCAAGAAAGUACAACUACAAGACCAAACACGAAGUCUUCUACUCGAAUCCGGACUGCUAAGACUCGGUCUGAUACAAUGUAUGGGACUGGUUUUAGGCCUUCUAUGCAGUCAUUCUUUACUUCUGGUGCGAAGAGUGAAAUGGAAAACCUUCUACGAGUAGAGUCAAAAGGAAACUAUGGGAGCUACAUCCCCUCCCACAACAUUGUCGAACAAAAAAUACAAAAAAUGUGGAGGCAGAAUCAGCACAGAGAAGUUGCUGAAAAGAGAGUCCAAGACGAACUCAAGCAGAACAUGACUGACUGGGGCCUGGCUAAGGCCAGAUAUGAAGAAGACAUGCAGCGGAAAAUAGAAAAUCGUCUGUAUGGCUCCAAUUUCGCAGCCAGAGCUUUUGUACGCAAACAGAAGCCGAAAUCGAACUAUAUGAGAAACCACCUGAAUGAUUCUGAUGGUUCAUCUCUUCUGAGCGAUAGUGAGAUUGAAGAAAUGGAGAGAAUCGCUCAAGAAGAAGAUCAAGCUGAAGGAGAAGAAGAUGAAGAAUUUAAAGACAAGGUUUAUGUUAAAAGACCACACAUGGGCUCAAAGACUAGACACCAUCAAGAUAUCAGAAUUCGAAAGAGCAGAGCACAUACAUCUAUUAGGACUAAGAGAAAACCUCCCAUUCCAAGAUUAAUUGAUAGCUCCAGAGAUGAAGGUGACAAACUUUGAUUUGAAAAUGUUGAUCCUGAGGGAGCAAGGAAAAUUGCUGAGAUGAAUGACCCAAAGAAAAAGAAACCUCUUGCCCCACCUCCUGAAGAAGGCCCACCAAAAGAUCUCGGUGGGAUUAGGCCUAAAACAACUGACGCUGGAAAGAGGAGGAUAAACAUGCUCAGAAGAUUUCAUGGCGGGCUUAUAGGAACAAAGGCUAGUAAUAUGGAAAUGAUCAACAACGUGUUCACUGAUGGAUCAAAGAAAGACAUUGUCUCUUUAUCUGUCUACAACAACUCAAGAAGUUAUAGAAAUGGUAAAUUCACUCAUAGCGCAACUCAUUUGCCAGGCACGAAUGCCCGAACUGGGUUCCGGCCCCAAUCCGCUCCAUUUGAAUUUGCCGAUGGGACUUCAUUCAACCUCUCGAUCCGGCAGGACAAAGGUGAAGAGAUUGCUGAAAUAGAUAGCCUAAAGAACAGGCUAGCAGCCGAAGACAUCUCUUUCAAGGUCGAUACACUAAAGAAAGCCUUUGAAAUGCCUGAAGAGAACGAGUUUCAGGUCAAGAAGUACCCAGAUGUUGCUAAUUACCUCAUGAAAAAUCCCUUCCCGAAAAAGAAGAAGAAAAAGAAGGGCAAAGGCAGGAAGAAAAGAAGGAAAUAAGCCAAAUGUCAGUUUUCCAUGAAAAUACUAUGCUAUUGUAACCUU